CAUGACCAUAAAGAAUUUCAACAUUGGAUUGCUGGGUCAUGUGGAUUCGGGCAAAACUUCAUUGGCCAAAGUUUUAAGUGAGAUUUCCAGUACUGCAGCCUUUGAUAAAUCCAAUCAAUCCCAAGAACGUGGUAUAACUUUGGAUUUGGGUUUUAGUGCUCUCACAAUAGAUGCGCCGGACAAAAUCAAACAGGAAAAUGCCGCUAUUGAAAAAUUGCAAUUAACAUUUGUUGAUUGUCCGGGACAUGCCAGUUUGAUAAGGACUAUAAUAGGAGGUGCCCAAAUAAUUGAUAUGAUGAUCUUGGUGAUCGAUGCCCAAAAAGGCAUACAAACCCAGACGGCCGAAUGUAUUGUCAUUGGAGAGCUAUUACAACGAAAACUUAUUGUGGUCGUUAAUAAAAUUGAUAUGUUGGAUGCUGCUGCUGAUGGUGGCGGCAGCGGUGGGAAACGUGAAUUGGCUCUUAAAAAACUUGACACUAAAUUACGAAAAGCUUUGUCCGCUACAAAAUUUGGUGACAAUUUUCCCAUUUAUCAUGUAUCUGCGCUGAGCGGUGAAGGUAUUGCCGAAUUUCUAAAUGGCAUUAAGGAUAAUGUGUUUUUGCCUCAACGUAAUCGUGAUUUGCCAUUUUUAAUGUAUGUCGAUCAUUGUUUUUCCAUUAAGGGUCAAGGCACAAUAUGUACCGGUACAAUUAUACAGGGCUGUUGUAAUGUAAACGAUACCAUCGAUAUACCAAAGAUCAAGGAACAACGUAAAAUCAAGUCCAUACAAAUGUUUCGUAGACCUGUAACCUCUGCCGAAAUGGGUGAUCGUGUUGGUAUUUGUGUUACACAAUUUAGUGCCAAGGCAAUGGAACGUGGUAUUGUGUGUGCCCCAGGUUAUAUGCAGCUGAUUUAUGCCGCUCUCAUACAACUACGACACAUACAAUUCUAUAAAUUUGCCAUUAAGUCUAAAACAAAAUUACACAUAAGUGUUGGACAUGAAACUGUAAUGGCAAAUAUAACACUCUUCAAGGCCAUCGAGAAAAAGGAAUCAAGGGAAUUUAAUCCCAUCCAGGAAUAUGAGUACCUCGACGAAUUGGAUAUGGAAAAAAUAAAAGAAAGUGGAGAUAUAAUUUAUUGCUUAUUGGAAUUUGAAACACCCAUAUAUGCCACCAAGGACUCCCUGCUGAUUGCCUCUAAAUUAGAUUUGGAUAUCCAUAGUAAUUGUUGUCGUUUGGCAUUUUGGGGUAACAUUGAAUGGUACACCAAUUCCAGUAAUUACGUGAAAGAACAAUUACCCACCUGGAAAGUUUUUAAGUCGAAAGAGAAACGUGGUAAUGUUCAACGUCUAGUCAAUGAUCAGGAUAUUAUUGUUCAAAAUCUCUUUAAAAAGGAAUCAAAUCGUCAGUUGUAUAUUGGCAAGCGAAUUCAACUUUCAACGGGUGAAUGUGGACAAAUUGAAAGUACGUUUGGUCAAACGUCGAAGGUGAAGAUAACCUUUAGAGAAAAUCUAAAGGAGGAUACGCUGCAAUUGUUGAAGGAAGGGAAAUUUAAUGAGGUCACUGUUAUACUUAAAUAUAAGAAAUAUGUAUAUAAUAAAAAUUUGGGUAUAAUACAAUAA